CACAGAGGGGCCUGGCAGCCUACAGUCCAUGGGGUGACAGAAAAGUCGGACACAACUUAGUGAACGAGCAGGCACUAAAACAAAAUGGUCUCCCAUAAAUAUUAUACAAAUUUAAUUUUUGUUAAAAAUAUAUAGGGGAUCUUUUUCUUCUGCCAAUCAAAACAUACAGAUCUAAUUCACUCUUUUAAAUUUUAAUUCUUCCCAGAAUUUCAUGGAAUAUUUAACCAGUUGGAGUGCAGGCAUAUCCCUGCAGCUAAAACCCUACAUGGGCUUGCGACCUGUCUGCCUAGAGGUGAAACUGGGAAGAUUCCUGGGCCCCUCCUAGUCACCCCCUGGCCUCCUCCCCGAAUCAGUAGGCCCCUGGCGCUUGGGAGGGGUGGGUGCAGGGCAGGAAGCAGGGACAGAGGUAACCCGCGGUGCGCCGCUUGAGGGCGCUCGGGGCAAAGGCUGGCCUGGCCUAUUGGGGCGCGACCCUAGAUGGGAGGGAAGGGCCUACCGCCCCCUGCCGGCAACGCUGAGCGGCGGCAUUGCGGAUCCCCGAGCUAAUCUGCCUAGCGUCCUGACUCCAGCCGCUUCUCACGAAGCCGUGCCGCUGGGUCACCAGCAUCGACGGUCGGGACCCCACUGUCGCCCUCUGCCCCUCGCCCGCUCCUCUUAGUUCUCGAGACCCGCCUCUGCCCGGCUGCUCGGCCCUGUGCAGCAAUGCUGUCCCUAGGCCUCGAGCGUCCCCACGUGCUCACUCAGCGGCCUCUGCUGCGUCUGCUGCUCCUGCUCUGGCUGCUGCUGCGGCUGGUAACCAGCACCCAGACCACCCCGGGCGGUCCCAGCGCCCAGACCACGUGGGGAACCCCUAGCGCCCUGACCAGGCCGGCCACCUCCAGCACCCCAACAACUCCAGGCACCCCUAGAGGCCUGAGUCUCCAGGAGCGCGCGCGGGCCCUGAUGCGGCACUUCCGGCUGGUGGAUGGCCACAACCACCUGCCGCUGCUCCUGAAACGGCAUUUCCAGAACAAGCUACAAGGUGUGAACCUGCGCAAUUUCAGACUCGGCCAGACCAACCUAGACAAGCUCAGGGAUGGCUUCGUGGGUGCACAGUUCUGGUCAGCCUACGCCCCGUGCCAGACUCAGGACCAGGAUGCCGUGCGCCUCACACUGGAGCAGAUUGACCUCAUCCGCCGCAUGUGUGACUCCUACAAUGAACUGGAGCUCGUGACUUCAGCUGAAGGACUGAACAGCACUCAAAAGCUGGCCUGCCUUAUUGGCGUGGAGGGUGGUCACUCACUUGACAGCAGCCUGGCUGUGCUACGCAGUUUCUAUCUGCUGGGAGUUCGCUACCUGACGCUCACCUUUACCUGCAACACGCCCUGGGCAGAGAGCUCCACCAAGUUUCAGCUCUUCUACACCAACAUUAGUGGGUUGACAAGCUUUGGUGAGAAGGUGAUAGAGGAAAUGAAUCGCCUGGGCAUGAUGGUGGACUUGUCCUAUGGGUCGCAUGCCCUGGCACAGCAAGCCCUGAAGGUGUCAAAGGCUCCUGUGAUCUUCUCCCACUCGGCUGCCAAAGCUGUGUGUGACAACAUGCUUAACAUUCCUGAUGACAUCCUGCAACUUCUGAAGAAGAAUGGUGGCAUUGUGAUGGUGUCGCUGUCCAUGGGGGUGCUGCAGUGUAACCUGUUUGCUAAUGUGUCCACCGUGGCAGAUCACUUUGACCACAUCAGGGCAGUCAUGGGAUCUGAGUUCAUCGGGAUUAGCGGGAGUUACGAUGGGUCUGGCCGGUUCCCCGAGGGGCUGGAGGAUGUGUCCACAUACCCGGUACUCAUAGAGGAGUUGCUGAGGCGAGGCUGGAGGGAGGAAGAGCUUCAGGGCGUCCUUCGUGGAAACCUGCUGCGGGUCUUCAGUCAGGUGGAACAGGUGAGAGAGGAAAGCAAAGGUCAGAGUCCUUUGGAGGAUGAAUUUCCAAACAGACAGGUGGGCGGGUCGUGCCAUUCCCACCUCCUGACUCAGCCUCAGAGUAAGCCUCGGGCCACACACCGGGUGAGAAACAAGUGGCUAACCAACCAGGCCCUCCAGAGGCCCCCAAAAGCCUCCCCACAACUCGUUUUAGGCCUUGUGGCUGCUGCCACCUUCUCAGUCCUCAUCCUGUGGCUCUAGUGACCUGGCUAGUCCCCCAGAGGUCACUGUGGCAAAGUCUCACGAAGUUUCCCUUCUAGUCAUCCAGGCACAAACAUAUAUAUGCUGAGAAUAAACAUUUCGAGUACAGA